AUCCUCGUUUCUCGAUUCCUAUCACUAUGGGGAAGGCAAAAAAGACGCGAAAGUUCGCCCAGGUCAAGCGACUUCUGAACCCUAACGAUAUUAGAUUAAAGGAGAACCAGCUGAAGCAGAAACAAAAAGAGAAGGAGGAGAAGGAAAAGGCCACCCGUCGAGUUGAGCAAGUGGCCUCUUCGAUGUUCCUGGCUCACAACUCUGCUCUCGUACCUCCGUAUCGAGUGCUCAUUGAUACCAACUUCAUCAACUUUAGCCUGCAAAAUAAACUGGAGCUCAUUAGCGGAAUGAUGGACUGUCUCUACGCCAAAUGCAUACCUUGUGUUACGGACUGUGUGAUGGCGGAGUUGGAGAAACUGGGUCAUCGAUAUCGGGUCGCGCUUCGAGUGGCUCGAGAUCCGCGGUUUGAACGCAUACCAUGCUCCCAUGCCGGCACCUACGCUGAUGACUGCAUAGUUCAGCGCGUCACCGCUCACAGAUGCUACAUUGUGGCAACAUGCGAUCGGGAGCUCAGACGACGGAUUAGAAAAGUUCCUGGUGUACCUCUGAUGUACAUCGUCCGCCGGCGGUACGCCAUAGAGCGACUACCUGAUCAGGGUGCGCCGGUUUAGCGGCGUCGACGGAGUAUCCAAGACGGUCUGCUCCUUUCAGGUUCACCACGUUGUAUCUUUAGUAUUUGCGCGUAAUGUAGCAUAGUUUAUAGGAUUAGUGGAUCGAGCGGUGUCGAUUGAAUUUACGUGUUUCAUGGCAAACCAUGGCCAUAAAUACCGGUCUAUUGUCAUAAGGGA